UUGAACUUUAUCGGCACCGGCAUAAGUUAACGGUUACGACCAUUAUAAAUCAGGCUUAAGACUAGCAUGGCAGAGAUAGAGAACAAAACGGUUAUGUUUACAGAGUAUGUCAAGAAUGAAAUAGCAGAGAAAAACGUCCAGAGGAAGUAAAAAACUGACAAUGUCAACUGGCACUAUUUCAAAAAAUAUUGCCAAUAAAGUGGCAUCUAAAUCUGAUAAGGACUUGAUUAAACAGUAUUUCAUUUUUCAUGAUGUAAUAUCAAAGCGUUGCACGUUGUGCAAUAAUAUUUACAAACAUCACAACAAUACGACAAACUUAAAAAACCACCUGAAGCGAAAGCAUAAAGCUGUAAUAACUCAACAAAAAGAUACAUCUGAAAAUAAUCAUGUCAUCGAUAAUCCUAAUUCUGAUUCUUGGUCAUGCAGUCUGCAGAUUGUUGAAAGUGAUACAACUAAUAUGAAAACACAGACUUUAACACAAAAGCAAGUUCCGAUUAAAAAGGCUUUUUCGAGGAUAAGUGAAUAUAAUGAUGGUGGUAGUAAAUCAGGACAAAUCACAAACGCUAUCACAUUUAUGAUUUCCAAGGACUUACAGCCACUAUCCAUCGUAGAGGAUAAAGGUUUUCAACGAUUAUUCGAAGUUGUUGCGCCGUUAUACACUGUUCCAAGUAGGAUGACAAUUACAAGUCGCAUUGAUGAGAAAUUUGUCGCGCUAAGUUCGAUUGUAAGAGACAAAUUGACAGAGAUUGAUAACAUUGUGCUGACAUCGGAUAUUUGGACGGACAAGUACAAUAGCAAAAGCUAUAUAUGCCUUACUGCACAUUUUAUUGACGGUAUAGAAAUUGAAUCUAUUAAUCUUGGAAUUCGUCUUCUAGAAGAAGCUCACAAUGCCAUCUAUUUAUCGGAAAUUAUAAAAUCAUUUUGUCAUGAAUGGAACAUCGAUCUGAAUAAAGUAAUGGUAAUGAUUACAGAUAGUGCUGCUAAUAUAGUGAAAGCUGCACGCGAUACAUUUGGACAACAUUUGCCGUGCUUUGCACAUCAGCUCAAUCUAGUAGUUGGGGAUGCAAUUAAAUUAACUCCUGAAUUUAAAAAUGUUGUGGCAAAAGUAAAAGAGAUUGUAACUUUUCUUAAACGAUCGGUAAAAGCAGCCGAUGAGUUAAGAGCGCUUCAGAUGAAAACGAAUCCCAACGGUGAACAUCUUAAUAAAGUGAUUCAAGAAUCUGAAACUCGGUGGAACUCAAUGUUUUAUAUGUUGGAAAGAUUUUGCAAACUAUCUGAAUUUAUUAGUACUGUCCUGUUCAAAUAUUCAGACUUGCAAAUGUUAUCUCACUCCGAUAUAACAUGCAUCAAAGAAUCACUUAAAAUUCUCUCUCCCAUAGAAUCCGUAACGUAG